AUGGUGGAUCCAACUUUAAUUGACGCUGAUAACUCAAUCACUUACGAUGCUCUUGUCGUAGGGGCUGGUGUCAUUGGACCAUGUGUUGCUACCGCGUUAGCAAGAAAGGGUAAGAAAGUUUUGAUCGUGGAAAGAGAUUGGGCCAUGCCUGAUAGAAUUGUUGGUGAAUUAAUGCAACCAGGUGGUGUAAGAGCUUUAAGAAGUCUUGGUAUGAUUCAAUCGAUAAAUAAUAUAGAUGCAUACCCUGUAACUGGUUAUACUGUCAUUUUCAAUGGUGAAAAAGUUGAUAUCCCAUAUCCUUAUAAAGCUGAUGUGAAACCUGUGGAAAAAUUACCUGAUUUAGUCAAAGAUGGUAACGAUAAAGUCUUGGAAGAUAAGACUAUUCAUAUCAAAGAUUAUGAAGAAGGUGAAAGAGAAAGAGGUGUUGCAUUCGUUCAUGGAAGAUUUUUAAAUAAUUUAAGAAAUAUUACUGCUCAAGAGAAAAACGUUACACGUUUACAAGGUGAUGUUAUUGAAAUCCUGAAAAAUGAAGCUAAAGAAGUGAUUGGUGCUAAAGUAAAUAUCGAUGGUCGUGGUAAAGUCGAUUUUAAAGCCCAUUUGACUUUUGUUUGUGAUGGUAUUUUCUCCCAUUUUAGAAGAGAAUUGAGUCCAGAACACGUGCCAACUGUUGGAUCUUCAUUCGUGGGUAUGUCAUUAUUUGAUGCAAAGACACCUGUCCCAAUGCAUGGUCAUGUUAUUUUAGGUACAAAACAUAUGCCAAUUUUAGUUUAUCAAAUUAGUCCAGAAGAGACAAGAAUUUUAUGUGCUUAUAAUUCUCCAAAAUUACCAGGCGAUAUUAAGACUUGGAUGGCUAACAACGUACAAGCUUAUAUUCCAGAGUCAUUGCGUCCAUCUUUUGAUAAAGCUUUAGCACAAGGUAAAUUCAGAUCAAUGCCAAAUUCCUACCUAUCUGCCAGACAAAAUAAUGUUACAGGUCUUUGUGUCAUUGGUGAUGCAUUAAACAUGAGACACCCAUUAGGUGGUGGUGGUAUGACUGUUGGUUUGAAUGAUGUCGUAUUAUUAGUAGAAAAAAUUGGUGAUAUGGAUUUCAGUCAACGUGAAAAGAUUUUAGAUGAAUUGUUAGAUUAUCAUUUCCAAAGAAAGAGUUAUGAUUCUGUUAUUAACGUCUUAUCUAUUGCUUUAUAUUCAUUGUUUGCUGCUGACAAUAAUAAUUUAAGAGAUUUACAAAGAGGUUGUUUCAAAUAUUUCCAAAGAGGUGGUGACUGUGUUAAAUUACCAGUCGAAUUUUUAGCUGGUCUAAUGCCAAAUCCAUUCUUAUUAACAAGAGUGUUUUUUGCUGUGGUAUUUUACACAAUUUAUUUGAAAUUUGAAGAACGUGGCUUCUUAGGGUUGCCAUUUGCUUUAUUAGAAGGUAUCAUGAUUUUAUUGACCGCUAUCAAAGUUUUCACUCCAUAUUUGUUAGGUGAAUUGAUAGGUUAA